AUGGAAUUUCGGGGGAGAAAAACAAGCCAAGAGCACACCGUGCAGCAGGAAAGCGAGACACCGAGCGAGCAGCGCGGUGCCGCUGCCCGCGCCACCCCGCACCCGAAAGAGAAAUCCCGAGCCGGAUCUUGGCUCCCAGGAACCAGCAGAUCCCGCAGCCGAGGGGACAGUGCUGGCGUUGUCGUGCAGCUUUUCCUGAGUCACCGCGUCGCGUGCCCGUGCCUGCUCCGCAGAGCGGCAGAGGGGCGGCAGCAAGCGCGUGCCUGUGUGCCUCUGCAGGGCUACGUGGUACGGAUCAGCGGCGGCAACGACAAGCAGGGCUUCCCCAUGAAGCAGGGCGUCCUCACCCACGGCCGCGUCCGCCUGCUGCUCAGCAAGGGCCACUCCUGCUACCGGACCGGCGAGCGGAAGCGCAAGUCCGUGCGCGGCUGCAUCGUCGACGCCAACCUCAGCGUUCUCAACCUGGUCAUCGUGAAGAAAGGUGAAAAGGAUAUUCCUGGACUGACAGACACAACUGUGCCACGUCGUCUUGGUCCCAAAAGGGCCAGCAGGAUCCGAAAGCUCUUCAAUCUCUCUAAGGAAGAUGAUGUUCGACAGUAUGUUGUGAGGAAACCUCUGAACAAAGAGGGCAAGAAACCUAGGACCAAGGCUCCUAAGAUCCAGCGCCUAGUGACUCCUCGAGUUCUGCAGCACAAGCGCAGACGCAUCGCUCUGAAGAAGCAGCGCACCCAGAAGAACAAGGAGGAAGCAGCGGAAUAUGCCAAGCUCUUGGCCAAGAGAAUGAAGGAGGCCAAGGAAAAACGCCAGGAGCAGAUUGCCAAGAGGCGCCGGCUUUCUUCAUUGAGAGCUUCUACAUCUAAAUCUGAGUCAAGUCAGAAGUAAAGAUGCAUGUGAUGAUAAAAAUAAACCCCUUUUGUGGUUAACUUUCA